AUGAGCCACCUCUUCAGUCCCCCGCUGGCCGCUCUGGCAGCCUCGCCGCUGCUGUACGUGUACAGCCCUGAGAGGCCCGGGCUGCCCCUGGCCUUCGCCCCUGCGACUGCAUUGGCCGGCCCGGGCCGCGUCGAGCCCCCGCAGAAGCCGCCCUACAGCUACAUCGCGCUUAUAGCCAUGGCGAUCCAGGACGCUCCCGAGCAGAGGGUCACACUGAACGGCAUCUACCAGUUCAUCAUGGAUCGCUUCCCGUUCUACCACGACAACCGCCAAGGCUGGCAGAACAGCAUCCGCCACAACCUGUCGCUCAACGAGUGCUUCGUGAAAGUGCCACGUGAGAAGGGGCGGCCGGGCAAGGGCAGCUACUGGACCCUGGACCCCCGCUGCUUGGACAUGUUUGAGAACGGCAAUUACCGGCGCAGGAAGAGGAAGCCCAAACCCGCCGCGGGUUCCCCAGAGGCCAAGCGCACCCGGGUCGAGCCGCCGGAGUCUGAGGUGGGCUGCGACGUAGGGUCCCCGAACCUGGCCACUGCACGCCCGAUGCACGAGCCGGAUCGCUCCCAGUCCCCGGCGGCGGGAGGCACCGCGCGGUCGGCGCUGCUUCCCUGGCCUGGCCCUGAGCUCCGGGACCCCGACGCGGACCGCACAAUCCAGGACGCAGGAGCAGUGGCGAGCGGCCAGCUGGAGCGCCCCGUACACUACCCCGUACACCACCUGGGGUCCUCUCUGCGCCCCGCCCCCAGCGGCUCCCCCAAAGGUUCCAAGUCAAAGAGUUUCAGCAUCGACAGCAUCUUGGCCGUGAGGCCAAAGCCGGCCUCAGGGGCUGAAGCACCGGGGAUCUCUAAGCCCUUGCCUGGCGCGCUGGGCUCCUCUCUGCUGACCGCCUCCUCCGGCCUACCGCCUCCCUUCAACGCUUCGCUGGUGUUUGACCCGCACGUCCAGGGCGGCUUUUCCCAGCUGGGGAUUCCUUUCCUUUCUUAUUUUCCUCUGCAGGUUCCGGAGGCCACGGUGCUUCGCUUCCACUAA